AUGCACGUACUAACUGUUAUAGGGCAAGAGUUGCCAUAUGAGAAAAAGCUUGCCUGGGAGGAUCUCGCCAUAGGCAAGUCUAUACUUACAGUGGACGUUCAGCACUUUCGCUAUGGCCCAACGCUCAGUGUCAAUUGUUCCCCUUUUGAGGUAGUGAACUCUGAACAGGUACGCUUGUUCCACAAAACGACUCGAGGUUGGGCCAGUGUAGACACCACUGCGUUCGCUCUUUCUGAGUCUGUUGAUGAUGCAAUCCUAGACAGUUAUAUCGGAGAGCACGUGGCCCUGUUCCUUCAUCAAGCAGUCGCCGACUCGACUUGGCUGAACGUCGUCUUGAACCAUGCAUCCAAUUACUUAGAGGAUGAUCUUAUCCAACGGGCAUUACGCUUGUGGUCUGCCCAUCGGCUCCUCAUGCAAGGCUGGCAGCUGACUUUGCCUGGGUCCCUUGGAAUGCCACCAGUAACGGACCCCAGUUCAUUUCUCUUUAACACGACACCAGCACCGCGUGUCAUUCAGAAUCAGUUGGAUCGCAGACUUGAGCGAUACUGUGCGGACCAAGAGGCGGAGUGCUUGAAAGCGCUCUCUGUUACUAUGCUCGGGAGAUAUCGUCGCGAUUGGGUCGCUACCUUCAUUUCGGCAGUCAUGGUGUUGCAUACGCGAGAAAGAGAUAUUUUCAGAUUGCUAUACUGGACUCUCGACACCAGUAAUGUUCGUCGCAUCUAUCUACUCUCUAGGGCACGCUAA